AUGAUAGCAAAGCGAGCAUUUUCGUUGUGUAGAAGUUUGUUAGCCAAGGAGAAGAAGGGUGGGAAAUCAAAAUCUGCUGCAAAUAUUCCACAAGCAGAUCUUGGAGAUGAUGGAUUGCCGAAAGAUUAUAAAAUGAAGGUUUUGCGAGCUGGAAGUCGUAGAUUGGACACAUUUGUAAAUCGAGCUACUGGGCAAAGCAGCAGGUAA